AUGGACUACCUUGUCAAAUGUUAUCUCGACCAAUUCCAUACCAGCCCCCGCAACACCCUUCAUGAUCGUCGAAAUCGCCGCAUUAUGGUCACCUACAUUAGCACUUUGAUCGAAGCGUGCAUUAGAGGUAUGAAUUACGAUCCGGAGACGGCUGUACGUGAUGCAAUCAUUGCAAUAAUACGAUACCAUGAGGAGAACCGCGUCAACAACGGUUCCGUAUGCAUGAUGGGUCGAUUCCACAACAUCCUGUACGUGGCUAUGAAGUUGUGCUACGAUUGGCAAUUGAAAGACACAGGAACUGUUGUGACCCUUCUGGAGAAUAUACACGCUUGUGAAGGAACGUUUGAGAGGAUUUUUAUCGGGGCCAUUUUCGGGAACAAGGCUCCUUAUUAUAUUGCAGGAUGGAAGAGCGAUUUUGAUAACCAAGAAGAAAAUCUUAGAGCUGUUGUGUAUUUUGUGGAUCAUGCUACUACUGGAGGGUUGGAAUUUGACGGUAAAGAAGGAAAAGUUGUUAGGUUUAUUGACGUUCCUAUAGAUAGUUGUGGAGAUUUAUCCACACCGGCAACAAUUGCUCUUCAGCUUGGACUUCCGGACAAGCUCCACAUUUUUUUGAGGUAUGGUGCUUUGAUCGACGAUCAUUUAGUAGAGUACAUCCUCAAAAGAUUAUUGGAGUUUUGUCACGUUUAUCCCUACAAUAUUGUUGCAUGUCUUCAGUUAGUUUUACGAGUGACUUCGAUGAUAAAGUGCGACAGGAACACACUUUUGGAAAACUACAAGGAACUGAUAGAAGACGGAAUAAUUCCUUUAAGUCGAUGUGGAUUUCAAGUACCUGAAUUAAAGCAUUUAUCACGUUGCUGCAUCAGGAAGUGCUUGUGGGAAAACUAUCAGCUACCCAAUGGAAUUUAUACUUUUUCACUUCCUGACUCUCUGAAAAAGUACUUAGACAUUAUGGAAGAUUGAACCUACUUGUAAGCCUCCUCGGACACGUUGAUCCUUCCGGGUUCUCCGGUGGUUUCCGUGCGACUCGUCAAAUUCACGGUAUUUCCGAAAAGACAAUAGCGCGGCAUUCUGUGUCCAAUUACUCCAGUUACUACUUCACCGGAAUGAAUGCCGAUUGUGAUCCUCUAAAAAUAGAAAAUGCUUAGUUGAUAGAUAUCGUUUGUUUGUUUGUUUGUUUACCACAGGC